AAUAAUAAAAAAAAGACAAAAGAAAAAGAGAAAAUCCUUAACGUCAAUCACCUGGUCCUCCGAUUUCCACGUAAUCUCUCAAACAACUUGAGAACACGUCGACUACCUGUUGAACUAAAAAGAGAGAGAAAUGACAAAAUCCCACGUGCUGUUUUGUCACCCUAUCCAUGUGUCAGAUGCCAAUCUCUGCUUCAUGCUGCGCUUCCCUCCCACGUGCAAUACCCCACACACGAGUCACAGAUUGUCUAGGUGGCAAAAUAGUUAUACGUGGCACUCUGAGAUACAUCCUCAAGGCGCCGCUGAGACUUGAAAGGAAACUUUUUUUCUUUCCUUUCAAAGAAGUUAACGGUGUUCUGCUUCCCCUCUUUCGAUUUUUUUUUCCUUUUGUACUUUGAAAAUUUCUGUUUUUAUUUUAUUUUUUUCUUCCGGAUGGAUUUGGAGAGGGGUUUUGUUUCGAGUUCGUUGGCUUCGACGCCGGGAGAUGCGGCGGAGGAUGCGGAGGCAGUGACGACGGAUCCGAUGGAGAUGGAGGCGGCGGAGACAUUGGCCGCGUUGGCACAUUCGAAGAAGCAGGAUGCGGUUGGUGUCGCCACGGAAUUUGCAGCCAAAUGGGGAUGCAAGGGGAAGCGAGUGAGUAAACGAGUCAGUAGUAGUGAGUCACCACCUUCUGACAUCGGUUUGAACCCGGUUCACUCGCUUCAAUCGGGUUCGGAUCUCGCCGAGCAGGGUCGAGCUACAGUAGGCCAGCAGCAAAUUCAAGUGACAAGCACAACUGUAGUUGUUGAAUCAGUAGAAGAUGAGCAGAAUGCUGAGUCGCUUAACAAGAGUCAUCCUUGUGCUGCAAGAUACACUUCCAAUGGGGUGGUGAGGUCUAGACAGAAUGUAACUGAGAUAUUAUUCAGCAUAGUGGAAAUGCCUGAGAAAGAUAUUUGGGAGGAUAGGCAGCAGGAUCAAAUGACAGACAACAAUACACUUAUGAAAUCAGUAAAGGUUGAGGAGAAUGCUGAAUCAGUCAAAUCAAGUUCUACAUGUGGCAAAAAAUUCAUUUCAGGUUGUGGGGGGAGGUCAAGACAGAAUUUAACUGAGACUGAAAAGGAAGCACGAAGAUUACGUAGAAUAUUAGCAAACAGGGAGUCAGCUAGGCAGACGAUUCGCCGAAGGCAGGCUCUUUGUGAAAAAUUGACCCUAAAAGUUGCUGAUUUAACUCAAGAGAAUGAAAAUUUGAGGAGGGCAAAGGAGUUGGCCCUUAAAGAGUACCAGUCUCAAGAGAGCACCAAUAAGAACCUGAAGGCAGAGAUGGCUAGAGCAGUUAAAGCAGAGGAAGCGAAAGCUCCUGGAGAAGUUAAGUUAGCCCAUCAGAUUUCUGGUCCAUCUAGAAACUAUCCAUUUUUCUUUUAUAACCAACACCCUUUCCCCCCGUUUUGUUGGCCUCCCAUUGUUCAGUCUUCACAUUUGGUACAAUCACAAUGUGGACACCAAAAUGCCAUUUUUGUUCCAUCAAGCAUUUCUACACCAACUAAUGGUAGGCUUGAUUCAUCUCAUGAUCAAGAAAAUCCCAUAAAUGUCAAUGGCCCCAAGACUCCCAUAUAUGUAAUGCCUUACCCUUGGUUCUUUUCCCUUCCUGAUCAUGGGAAUGGUCUGCAUCCCCAACCUUCUUGUGGCCCAAAGAAUAUCAAAGAUGCAACUUCUGUGAAUAAUGGAUUUUGUGCUGGGUGUUCUUUGAAAUCUGUUGUACACGAGGACGAAUAUAGUUCCUCUUUACAGAUGGAAGUUGAAAAAGAGGCUUAUGGCUCAAUUGAAGUCAGCCCUAAUAACCUGAAUUGUACUCCAGUUAGGCUUCCUCCAGAUGGAGGUGUUCAGUGUAAAAGAUUCCACAUUAAAGAGGAGGUCCUUGUGCCUACACCUCUUUGUUCUGCAGGGACUACAUUUGGUGUUGAGCAGGGGAAUGCACUAGAUCAUGUUGCCAAUACUGAAGUGGCUCAGAAUCAAGAGUCAACAAAUUAUAAGAGUAAGAAAGUACUGGGUGCAAUGGUUGCUGCUGAGGCAAGAAAGAGAAGGAAAGAACUUACAAAGCUAAAGAACCUCUAUGGCCGACAAUCCUGGGUACACCGUUGAUCUUAUUAGCAAAAAUUUGGAUGGUCAUUGUAACUAGAGGGAGUCCUAGAAGCUUGUACCCCUGCAGAAAUACAAAUACGGAAGCAGAGAAGGCCUUCAAUGGGAGAAAGCCUAAAUUAUGGUUGCAUGCACAUCUGUCAAGUCAAUUUUCAAGGCUACAGGCAUUUUCUCCAGGCUUUUUGUUUUCCUUUUUGGGGGUAGGAUACAAAGACACAGAUUCAUUGUCCUGUUUGUUGUUUUCAUUUAGCUUAACAGACUAAUAAUCUCCCAAGAUUUUUUUUCUUUUAAUUUUUUGGGUUAAGCUGCUGGUUUAGAUUGGAGAUGGAUACCUUUUCUCCCCCUAUUUUAUAGGCUUUAACUUGGAACAGGGCUGCGAAUUAGUUUGCAUAUUAGUUACCAAUGUAACUGAUGUUUUUGUAACAUAUAUGCUGCAAGUUUUUCACCCUCUUGCAGGAAAAGACGUGUACGAAUCUGUGAUUGAGAUGUUGAAAAUUUCUGGUUGAUUUUCU